AUGGCACUUGCUCGAGUUAACAGAAAAUUGGCAAAACUGGGGGAUUUUCUGCUCGAUUGGGGAGGAUCGUGUUUUGUGGUUAGUUCUGAUUUCCAUUUUUGUCUUAUAACUUUUGUUUUCAGUCCAUGAUGCUUAUUGGGAUCUAUUAUUCGUGUUUAUAUGUAGCUGCUCCAAUGGUGGAAGUUGUUUUUAUUCCAUUCAUAAAUAAAUUCUUUCAGCUCUACGACGAAGAGGCAACUAUCCAGUUUUUGCGUUUCUUGGCCAAUUUCAUAGUUUUCGAAAUAAUGAUCAACUUGGCAUGUUUUCACUACUACUCGAGGUAAUAUUUUGCAGCAAUUUUUAGCUUUAGCGCUGUAGAAUAAAACAAAUAUCUUGUGUUUGAGGUACAACAGUGUGACGCAUUGGCAUCGAGAGUCUUGCGUUCUUGAUUUGCGAUCUUUUGCUGAAGAAAAUAACGGUAGAAUAAAUUUUAACGCUAUUCUCAUUUUUUUUUAGAAGAAGAAACAGAAAAUGGAAGACAAUAUUUUGCUCUUGACAACUUGGAAAAUCAUCUCAAUGGCGUGACGGAAGAUGAAAGUGGUAGUCGGUUCUGUAUCACUUGUAAUCGUGAAGCUCCAAUCAGGUAAUGAGUUUUUUCCUUGUUCUAUCAAAUGCAAAUGCAGAAGUCAUCACUGUCCACUGUGUAAAAUGUGCGUUUUACGUAAGGAUCAUCACUGUUUUGUAACGGGUGCCUGCGUCGGCUUGGGAAAUCAAGUUGAUUUCUUUUAUUUUUCUAAAGUUUAAAGUAAGAUUUCAGAGAUAUUUUAUCGUUUUCCUGUUCUGGUGUACCUUCGGUUUGAUCAUCGCAGUGCCGCACUUGUUCUGGUUGCUAACUCAAACAAUCGGACCAUGGUGAAUCAUCUUUUCUUAUCUUUGUUGCCCUUACUAAUACACUCGAAUGAAAAAUUCAAAAUUUUCUUCCAGGUAUCCAUUCGGGUUCACUCUAUACAUUGGUCCAAUCGCAAUAUUCCGUUGGAUUUUUUCUUAUUCUCCGUUUUCUGAAGCCGUUUAUGCAACAAUUUUUUCUUUCUCGGUUGCUGGAUUCUUUUCAGCAGCUGGAUUUUUAGGAAUGCAGGUGGGUAUUUUAAUCUUUGAGGCUUUUUCUUGGGCUUAGUCUUACACUGUGUAAAUGUUAUGAUAAAAAAAAAACAUCUGAAAUUGAGAAAAAUGACGCUGAAUAGAGCGCCACUUUAUAUAUGAAAAGUCGAUUGAGUAUACAAUAAUUCCAUGGGAAAAUUUUUCCUUUUCUAAGUUGUUUUUUUAAUUCAUGUUUUUCAAAAAAAGGUGCCCAAACACAACAACUCAAAAAAAUUGUUUAUAAGAACUGGAAAUCAAAAAGUUUCUUCCUGCAAUUAAUACUAAUAUUUCAACUAAUAUGAAUAUUUUGUGUUGAGCUUCAGUAAGGUCUCAAGUAGACUAGUCGCAUAGCGCCGCUUCCCAUUUUCGCAUGCAUUGUAGAGAGCUAUGGGAUCCUGCAUAAGAUAUACGUCAAUUCGAUGAAACUAACUAAGAAACGUCUUUCGGCCCCGGUUAAGCUUUUGAGACAACUUAGCUGAAAUGUACUUCAGGAACUUCUGAUUCCAGAACAAGGAAACAGUCUCUCGCAAAAACUCUGAUUUCUCGUUAAGACUCUCGAAAGUUUGAAAUAGCGCUUUUUAUCCUACUUCUGCGUAUUUCGCGAAUUUUGAGGCUUUACAAAACGAAAACAAGAUCCAUUGCAAGAAAUGUUCUUUUUUGUUCUGAAUCAGAAUAUCCAAAAGUGCACUUCAGAGAAAUUUCAUCAUAAGUUCAAUCAGGGGGCUGAAAAAUGUUUUUAUAUCGAGAUUUAUUUUUUCUAAUAGUUGGAACGUGACUUAUUUUCAGAUAUACUACACUACUCAUGGAUACACAAUGUACGAAUAUCACAAUCUCACCGUGCGAGCCUCGUUUCCUGGCGAUGGGUAAUGGAUUUCAAAGAUUUUCUUAUAUUGAACCACCAACUUCAGGAAAAACUGUGGCGAACGUUUCCGACUAGUUUUCGGCAAAAAUUGGCUUCUCAACUUCGUUCUCCCGAUGCCAUGGAACAUGCCACUCUUGACCCAGGACAUUUCAAAUAGUCUUUUUAGAGUUCGUAGCAAAGUUCUGUAAAGUUAUUAUUGAUCCUUUUUCUUAUUUUUGUGUGUCAUGACUUUUUUCUCAAUCUCAUUUUUUCCGAACGUGUUCAGCUUUGAAUGUGAUCAAACCUCCACUGCUUUAACUCGAAAUCAAUCUAUUUUUUCCUAGUCUUUUCACUUUUUUCCAAGAUAUCUAAACAGAUACUCCAAGAAAGUUUUGAAUCUAGUCGUUCCUUCCUUGCCAGUUUUUUUUACUUACUUGUUCAGCUAUUUUGUACAGUUCAGAAGUGAAAAUUUCGAAUUGAAUAAAAGAUGAUUAAGGUUGAUGUUUUGAAAGCGUUCUUGUCAACAAGUGUUCAUCAAGCGUUUUUAUCUAAGUAUCUGAAUAUAUACUCGCUGUCGCAUACGAAAUCUUAAAAAAUAACUGGAAAAUCUUUUUCCUGCUUCUAAGCUUUUUUAAAUCAACUAAACUCUGUUCGUCACAAUUUUGGGGCAAACAAAUUGCCAAUUUCUUAUCAUCAUUUCCUUGUAGAACUGCCUAUUUUAUGUUUCAAACAGUGAGAUUGAGUAUGAAUGUCAUUAGGAAAUGCCCUAGUCCAGCAUUUUUGAAACAGAGUAGGUAAUCUACAACAGCAAUCAUAAGUUUUAUCUUUCAGUCAACAAUAAUCUGUUCAAACUUGAACGACUAGAAAUUCUGAAUAGAUAUCUUCAAGUAAAAAAAUCCUUUUCAAAAGAUCGCUUUCAAGGACAGAUUUCAGAGAAAAAAACAUUAACAAUAAUUAGAAAAAAAUUUGAGACUUUGUUCGAAAUGUUUAAAAAAACUUCGUGAAUUUAACAAUUUCUAGAAUCGUCUUAUUCUAAAAACCCGGUAUUGAUUGGGUACGGGAGUAGAAUUGAUAUCCCCUAAUCGACUUUUUUCACGCCAAUUUUCUGCAAGCGACUCCGGCUUUAUUGCGGACUCCUUUUUGUAUUCGAAUUAUGCAUUGUUCUAUUUUUCUUGUAUAAAUUAUUUGUAUUCUUGUUGAUUGCUUUAUUAAACGCCAAUGCAAAACAUCAUCUCCCAUACUUUAACAAAAAACUUUCUAAUGACCCUUGAAAGCUGAUUUUUCCAACUCAAUUCUAUGAUGGUGGUUAGGUCCAUCAGAAAAAAAUUUCUUGAAUCGAAAGAAAGUUUCACAACCUCUGAGCAUCGAUGAAAAUCAUCAGAACAUAGUCAAUAAGCAUCCAUGAUGAUCUUUUUCUUUUUUUUAAUAGAAACUGAAUAUAUAUUAACUUUUUUUUUGCUUUUUUUUUGUUAAGCCAUUUUAAACAGUUUUAUUUCAGUUUUCUGUCAUGAUACCAAAUAGACAGCCUUUGCCGACUGAUAUACGCAGAAAUUUCCAACCUCGACCAGCUCAGCAAAGGGUCCAAAUUCAAGGACAAAUUGCACCGGCUCAAUAUCGCAACGUUCAACCGCAAAUCGACCCUCGGAAUGUCAACGCAGUGUAUCAGAGCUUUGCGGGACCUUCAACUUCUCUUGACCGGUAACGUAGUCCAUCCAAGAAGUGUUUAUCAUAUCAAAUGUUUCAGUCGUCUCAUUAUCCGACCAGUACAACCUCCUCCGCGUCCAGAAGGAGAAGCGGCCAACCUCAAAAAACUGUUUGUUCAUUCAUUUUUAUUUUCAAGUUUUUUUGAGCCGCAGUGAGUUAUUUCCUAUGACACUUUUGAAGUAGCUUUCUGUAUUUUUUUUUUCAGUAAAGUUGUGAGUGAACCAAAAAAAGAACUAAGAAUUUAUUAGAGCUUUUAAAAAACUUAACUUUCUACAGCAUGAUUUGUAAUAUCAUUUCUUUCUUAGUAACAACAGAGAAAUAUGUACAGUUCAGGCAACGUUUUUUUCAACACGUUUUCAAAUGGAUUUGGUACAAAAAUUUAAAAAAAUAAAACGUUCAAAAUUUGGUCGAAACAUCUCCAAAGUGUUUUCUAGUUACGAAUCAGAAACUAAUUAUUUGAAAUGCUGGACGUUAAAAUAAUCGUAAAUUGUUAAAUGUAAAAAACAAUGAAACAAGCGUUUUCUGUAUCUUCAAAUACUCAAAAAUAAACAGUUUAUAUAACUUUAAGGUGUGAAAAAAAUAGUAAAACUUUUUUUUUAGUGUUCAUCCGCUCUACCUGUCCUCGACAAGUGACGGUCCAUCGAGCGGUUCCAAAACAUACUUACCCUCUGAAGUAAAUGAAGCUUUCAACGACGUCAUCUUACAGGUAUCAUUUUUUUCAAUAACAUCCUUUUAUUCUUUCAAUUUUAGUUCAUGACAGCGCAAUGUUUGAUGGCAGGGUUUGACGACGUUGAACGAUCUGCUCUGGAGACUUUGAUCACGAUGUUCCACAAUUGUGAGUUUCUGUGUCCUUUAACUUUCUAAUCAUGCUUUUUCAGCUAUCAAACGUGUUGCGGAACAAUCGAGAUACGCCUGUGAAGCUGGAGGAAGAACAAAAAUUGCAGCCAGAGACGUCUGUUUUGGAUUAACCAAUAUGGGCUUCGAUCUGAAAGCACUUCCUCAAUUUUUUCACGACGAGCUUCGACGAGGAAAACUUACUAUCCAUGCUCGUUAGUUUAAUGAAUAUUGAAUUACAUUUAUUCUGAGAAAAAGGUUCAAAAAUCUUCGAAUCCUGGAAAAUUUUGAAAAAAAUUCAUUAUUUUUUUUAAGCACUGACGACUGUCCCCGAACAAAAAAACCUUCUCGAUUCCGGGCCAGCGGUCGACCUCAUCCACAGCACGUUUUUUUGAAUGGAUGCCGCCUUAUCCAGAACCUCACACCUACAUUCGAACAGAGGUGAAUUUGAAAAUUGUUAAAUAUUUGAAAACAAACACUGGCUUUUCAGAUCAUGAACGAGCCGGAAAUGUCCUAUGAAAAAGCUCGCGAGGCAAUGGCAGCAAACAAGCGCAACGGCGUUCGCUCACUUGUCAACCAUAUGGUUCAAAUCUUCCCGAAAGUUUGUCUGUUUGGCAGUUUUGAACAGACAAUCCAUGAAAACGUGGAGAAAUGGGUAAAGCUUACGAUUCGCAAGCGGCAAGAAUUCUUUUAUUCAGAUGGACGAACUAAUCAAAAAGAAUCAGAAAGCAGCUGCUUAUCAGGCGUUCAGUUCUUUCCUGGGAACGACGGAGUUUGAGAACACUCAGGCAACUAUAGACAUUCUCAAGGAGAAGGGGCUUAUCACCGCUGAGGUAAUUUUUUUUCUGGUUUGAAAAUGGUAUAUGAGCUUUUUCGACAAGUUUAUGAAAAAAAGCCACUCUUCAUUCACCAGCUUCCCAAAUAUUAAGAUGUGUGUGAUAUAUACUUGAUUGACUUUAUCAUUCUUUAUUGAUAAAAUCCCUUGCAGGAAGCUCAACAAGGUCUUCAGUUGGCUUGCUUGUUGCCAGAUGGAACUAUUUUGGACACUCAAGCCAAUCCCAUCACGUUAACGGACGAUGCUUUUAUAGAUAUACCAGAAGAUGAUGCUGUAUGUUUUCUGUGGUCAUACAAAAACGGUGAAUUAUUUCAGGCGGAAGGGCAAGAAGAUAUCGCGGAAGAAGAGUUUCCGAUGGACUAUCAAUGUCCCGUGGACGACGGUGAGACUAAUAAGCAGAAUAAUAAUCCAUUGUUUCAUAUCAGAAAUGGACGUUGACAUCUCGCUUCUGUCGUUUCAAGAGUUUGACCUGAUGGAAGACGACGAAGGAAGGGAGCCCGAAGACUAUCUUCUUUACGAAAAAGAGAAAAGGAAUUUCGAAUACAUUCCCGAGUGGUGUCAUGGUAAUUUUCACAGCAUUACUAUUGAAUCCAUGUCUUUUCACAGUGGUGGUUCCAACCGAUGAUCAUCCUUCCUACCUGGAUAGGCUUCUGACGGAUAUCAAACCUGACGACGAUCUUUGGAAAGAAAAAAAAGUUGCCUCACGUUCUGGUGGAGACAAAGAAGUGAGUUGUCCUACCGAUUUGAAUUAUAGAGUUUUUCAUUACUAUUUUUAAGAUUCAACUGGACAAUCCUUAUUUCCGGCCCCCUGAGAUCAUCAAUACUCCGGUGGAAGAGAAAGAUUCAUGA